AUGGCAACAGAGAAUGUGACCACAGUUACUGAAUUCCUUUUGCUUGGAUUUGUGUAUGGACCAGAUUUGGAAAUUGUCCUCUUCGUAGCUUUGUUCCUUGUUUACCUAGUGACUGUGCUGGGGAAUGGGCUGAUCAUUGCACUCAUCUGCAUCAAUCACCGCCUCCACUCACCAAUGUAUUUCUUCCUCAGCAACUUGUCUUUCAUUGAGAUAUUCAUGACAAGCUGCAUUGUGCCUAAAAUGCUGGCCAAUCUUCUGGCUGAAAGGAAGGCCAUUUCGUUUGCUGGCUGCUUUGUUCAGUCUUACUUCUAUUUCUUCAUGGGUUCUACCGAGUUCAUCCUGUUUGCUGCUAUGGCCUUUGACCGCUACAUGGCCAUCUGCUACCCACUGAGAUACCCUACCCUUAUGACUGGAACAGUUUGUGUCAAGAUGGUGGUUGGAUCCUGGGUUGGUGGGUUCCUGUCUGUAUUCUUGCCAACAGUGCUAAAAGUGAGGUUGCCGUACUGUGGGCCAAACAUCAUUAAUCACUUCUUUUGUGACAGUGCCCCCUUGCUGCAUCUUGCCUGCAAGGACAUCAGUCACAUUGAGUUGAUUGACUUCAUUGGUUCUUUGAUUCUACUGCUUGGAUCACUCUCAUUUACAGCUGCCUCUUACAUCUAUAUUAUUAGAACUAUUCUCAAGAUCCCUUCUGCAGAUGGGAGAAAAAAGGCUUUUGCCACCUGUGCUUCCCACUUUACUGUUGUCUCUAUGGGCUAUGGAAUCUCCAUAUUUAUCUAUGCAAGACCAUCUCAGAGUGACAUAAUGAGCAUGAACAAAGCAUUAGCCAUUUUCUCUGGCAUCCUGACACCCUUAUUGAAUCCUUUCAUCUUCAGUCUAAGAAAUGAACAAAUGAAAGAGGUGUUUGGAGAUAACCUAAAGAGUAUAAUUUCUAAAAUAAAAGGUGGGUGA